UCUUUGCAUACGGAGACAAAUUACUUUGCAUACGGCUUUUGAAAUUCUGCCAGAAGAUUUAGAGGCGACGGCGACAUCGAAAAGAAACAGUUGCAUGAAAACGUUGACAUUGAUAUGAUGAUAUGAUAUAAGAAUCGCAUUUCACACACGAGCUCCAUAACCAAAAGAAGAAGUAUCAUAUAUACAAUGCACAAUAAACAAAAAAAAAGCUUGAAUGAAAUUACGUUCCAUACAAAAUGCUUGAAUAAAUAUUUGGGCAGUCAAUUUGUAAUAAUCACAUUUUCUAAAUAACACCGACAAGUGAUAUGGGGGGCAAUAUUAUGUAGUUAGAUUGUGUUGGGCAAUAAUCAAAUAGAAUGAAAAAAAAAAAUCUGUGGAAUAAAAGACAAAAGAAAAGGCACAGAGCGGCAGCAGAGCCGAUAUAGCAGCAGCCGCAGCAUAUAUCGGCUAGUUCUCGUUACACAUCCAUAUAAUAAGGCAAACGCACGACUGUAACGUCUCCGUCGUCAUCAUCACACAAGAAGAGCAAAAAAAAAAACACAGAAAACGAAAAGAAAAAUACCCUGUUAGAUAGAUGAAAGAUCAGAAGCUAUACAAAAGCAAGCAAAACACAAUACGGCUGAACUCAAAACAGCUCAAACCGAAAAGGUUUUUCAGUCUGCUUUCAACUGUCGUAACAAACGGGUAUUCGGCGAAUGCGGUGUGUGCAAAACAAGAAGAGGGAAAAGGGUUCCUUUGCAAAUAACAAUACAAAAAAACCGAAGCUGCCACAGUUCACUACGAAUGUGUUCAAACAGCAACAAACAUAUCGAGAAAAUAAGCAACACACUUUCAAACAUGAAGAAUAAUGCUAGCAAUAACCAAUCAUUCCAACCACCAACAUUGUAAAUUAAUCAAUUAAGUUAUAAAGAUAACGAAAAUUAGAAUACAUAUAUAUAUAUUUUCUGUGCUGUGCAAUUGCAAUUCAAAUAGAUUAAGAAAAUUAAUAGUGAUUUGCAGUGAAUCGUAAUAAAGUGGUGUGAGGAUCAUUUAAUUUGUGAAUUCGGGUGAAAGACAGAAAAGAGUGAAGCAAAAAUGAAACGUGAUGGUACCCAAAAAGGUGGUUCGGUCGACGAAAAUGUGCCAUUAGAAUCGCCGAAUAGUCAGCCACCAAAUGGCACUGAUCAUGGCGCCGACGGUGAUGUUGGUCUCAAGGCUAAAAUGAGUUUGCUCAAUGGAUGCACUGUCAUUGUCGGUUCAAUCAUUGGUUCCGGCAUUUUUGUAUCACCCACCGGUGUGUUAAAGUAUACAGGCAGUGUAAAUAUGGCACUCGUCGUGUGGGUCAUCUCUGGACUUUUCUCAAUGGUUGGUGCAUAUUGCUACGCAGAGUUGGGAACAAUGAUUCGAAAAUCGGGUGCCGAUUAUGCCUAUAUCAUGGAAACAUUUGGUCCAUUCAUGGCAUUCGUUCGUUUAUGGAUUGAAUGUAUGAUUGUUCGACCAUGUUCACAAGCAAUUGUUGCACUCACAUUUAGUACAUAUGUGUUGAAGCCAUUCUUUCCGGAAUGUUUACCGCCUGACGAUUCGGCGCGUCUUUUAGCCGUUUGCUGUAUCAUGGUUUUAACGUUUGUUAACUGUUGGGACGUAAAAUGGGCAACAGCAGUGCAGGAUAUAUUCACGUAUGCCAAAUUAUUUGCAUUGUUUUUGAUCAUUGGUUUCGGAGCCUAUCUUUUGUCAAAGGGCAAUGUCCAGUAUUUUACCUUUGACAAUUCAAAGACCGAAGUAACAUCAUUGGCCCUAUCGUUCUAUUCUGGACUGUUUGCAUACAACGGAUGGAAUUACUUGAACUUUAUCAUCGAAGAAUUGAUUGAUCCAGUGAAAAAUUUACCUCGUGCCAUUGCGAUAUCAUGUACCUUAGUGACGGUUGUUUAUGUGUUAGCCAAUGUGUCUUUCUACACAAUUCUAUCACCGGAUGAAGUGCUAAAAUCAUCUGCUGUUGCUGUUACUUUUGCCGAGCGUGCAUUUGGACCAUUCGCAUGGACCAUUCCAGUGUUCGUUGCAUUGUCAACGUUCGGUGCAGUGAAUGGAAUUUUAUUGACAUCAUCACGAUUGUUCUAUGCUGGUGCCUGUGAAGGUCAAAUGCCGGAAAUUUUAACAAUGAUUCAAAUCUCACGAUUCACACCGACACCGGCUGUUCUUGCAAUGGCUUUGCUAUCAAUGCUAUAUUUAACCGUUUCCGAUAUAUUUGCGCUGAUCAAUUAUGUUGGAUUUGCGACUUGGUUGAGUAUUGGUGUGUCUGUGUUGUGUUUGCCAUGGUUGCGAUGGGCACAACCAAAUCUACCACGACCAAUCAAAGUAAAUUUAGCAUUUCCAAUCGUUUAUUUACUGGCAACUGCAUUUGUCACCAUCGUUCCAAUGAUAGCCACACCAAAGGAAACUGGCAUCGGUAUACUUAUGAUUUUGACCAGUGUGCCCGUCUAUCUAGUAUUUAUUGCAUGGAAAAAUAAACCAAAGUGGUUCCAACACACAAUGGGUGGAUUAACGCAAACGCUACAAAAAAUGAUGUUGGUUGUACGCCCGAAAAUUAAUCAAACGAAGUAAGCGUAACAAGAUGUCUUCAAAAGCUGAUGAUGGUGGUUGGGAAGGCAAAACCAGCUCAGGUUUAAAUUUUCUCGCCAAAAACACACACACAAAGACAGACAGAAACAUAACAAAUAUCUUCGCAAUAUUGAAACUGCAAUUUGUUUUCAUUUCUUUAUUUCUUCAAUCACUUCACCAAUAAAUCGUUGAAAGAUGACGAAAUGUGAAGAGAAAUUUAAAAAAAGAGAGAGAUAAACAUACAAACAAAAUCUCAUUAGAUUACUAUCAUUUACCAUAUAAACACACAACAUAGAUGUUAUUCAAUUUUAAAUUCUUAAUCAUUCCGGUCGAAGCAGGAAUCACAUGGAACGAAGCUAAGACCACAGCCAGCAAUCAUAGAAGAUGGAAAGCCUUAUCUGAGGCCCUAUGCUCCACAUGGAGUUAUAGAAAAAAAAAAUCAUUCCGGUGUUUUUGGCAUCAAUAUGUGAAAUUAUUUUUUUUCAUUUUGUUCCUUGAAACUGAUGAUAAUAAUGCAUUUCUUCAUUAAUAACAUGUUCACAGUGUGAUUUCCAAUUAGAAGAAAGAUGAUGCGCUUUAAAUAUAAGUUUUCAUUACGAAUUAAGUUAAAAGAAUAUUUUUGAUGGAUUAACGCACACACCACAUAAAAAAACGAAGAAAGAAACUGACAGAUAUUUUGAACUUUUGCAGCAACGAAUAGAGUUUCAACAGCCAUAACUUUUAAUCAUCAUGAUGAUAUCACAAUAUACAACAAAGUUCAAAAUAUUCAUUUUGAUAUCAAAGAAUACAUUUGACCAAGUAUCCACUUGACAUGUAGUAUUUGGUACAUCUUAAAACUUGGAUUUGCCAUUGUCAACACUUAACUUUUUCAAUUAAUUCUUUGAUUUAUUAAAAAAUAGUUCCGGUUGGUCGUAGUGUUGGUCAUUGCAAACUAAAUAGCAUUAUAUAUGUGACAAAAAAAAAAAAAAAAACAAAUUACAAAACUUAUAUAUAAACGUGAGUCGCAUGAGAAAUGGCGUAAUACCAUUAAAAAUGUUGAUAAAAAAUGACGAUGUUUAUUGACAAUAAUAAAUUUUUAAGAAGUUUUUGAUGUUAUUUUAAUGAACAAAUGGAAACAGGAACCUAUAUUUCAAUGUUAAAAAAGAUGUAUUGAAAGCUAAACUAUUCUUAAAAUCGUUAAUAAAAUUGGCCGCAUGCUUUUUAAGAGAAGAGAAUAAAAUAUAUAUAUAAAUAAAAAAAGUGAAAGCUAUAGCGAGUGUAUGCGAUAUAGUGAGUGUUUGUGUGCGAGAGAGAGGCCUAAACAAUUAAAAAGACAUUUAUUGAACUGGCUUAUUCUAAAUGUGUCCAAGUUCUAUUGUAUUCUAUGAUAUAAAAUAAAAAAGAAAACCAUUUGAAGAGCUCAGAUUAUA